GCACACUCAGUCCGGCGGUGCCUGGGAUUGGGUGGAGGGAGUGGUGGCUGCGGACGGACUCACAGGAUUGGUAGAGUUCAGCGCCAAACUUGUUGACUCAUAACUGAGCAGCUCCACUCCAUCCUUCACGGCGCGGAGCUGUCCAGGGCCAGUGGUGCUGAAACUGCCAGCUUCCGACUCUCAGCUGGAGAGAUUUUUUUCCCCCCGACGGUUUGAUUUCUCCCACCGAGCCUUUAAAAGUUACACGCGCUUUGGUUUAAGCGUCACUUGGAGGAUAUUUCAUCCACCAUCACCGCUCUAUCCAAGAGCGCAUCCAAGCCUUCAACUUCUCAGCCGAUCAGGUAGAGGACUCUCCGAGGCGCAGCCAUGGCUUUUAUGGUGAAACACAUGGUGGGAGGACAGCUGAAGAACCUGACAGGCGGACUGACGGAGGAGAAACCCGAAGCGGAGAAAUCAGAUGCUGCCGCGCAGGGGAUGACUCAAGAGGAAUUUGAACAAUAUCAGCAACAGUUAGAGGAGGAAAAACAGGAACGAGAAGCCAAUUUUGCCCAGAAGAAAGCUGAGAGAGCCACAGUUAGAAGUCAUUUCAGGGACAAGUACAGACUACCAAAGAACGAGGUAGAUGAGACCCAGAUCCAGCAGGCGGGGGAUGAUGUGGUGUUGCCCACAGAGCUGGCCAAGAUGAUCGCUGAGGACAACCAGGAGGAAACACACAAGCAGUCAGUGUUGGGCCAGCUGUCAAACAUCCAGAACGUGGACAUCGACCAGCUGAAAGACAAAGCCCAGGCCACGCUGGAAGACCUCAAAAAGCAGACGGAGAACUGCAGUCUCAUGUGAUCUGCACUCUAAGUCCCACAAGUUUAGAGUCUUACUUGUACUAAUAUUUUUCAAAGGCUGAGCCGCUCUGGAGGUAGACAUAUUCUUACUGCUUUAGCGGAAUUUCAGUUGGCAGAGCCACAUAAUAACAGUUUUUCUAGCUGUGCAAAGUUAUACAGAAGCCCUGCAGAAAAGAAAGAUGAUGAAGCUGAAAUCCAAGACCGGAAAAAAGGAAUUGUAGCUAUAGCGUCACCGAGGUGAGCUGGUUAAGUUAGCUUUCCUGUUGACUUUCAGAUCUCCUAAAAGUCAUGAAUGUCAUCCACAUUUUCAUUUAAAUUAGCUAACUUGCACUCUGAAAGACUUAUUUGGCUCUUACUGUUGAGAUUUAACCAAUUAGAUUAUUUCUGUCUUUAGAGCAACUCCUCCUCUGAGAAAUAUUAAUCUACUAAAUCCUUUACUCCCUUCAGUCCCUAACACCCUCAGUCUCUGUAACUCACGUGACCAGUGAUAGCAAAAUAGGAUCUGCAGAUGAGUUUUCAGGUGUGUGUGUGUGUGUUUGUGUGGUGUGGUGUGUGUGUGUGUGUGUGUGUGUGUGCGCGUGUGUGUGUG